AUGAAAGUAAUCUCAUAUUUUAUUUUAGUGUAUCUAUGAAUCUCAUCUCAACCGUUGAUUCAAAGAAAGAAAAUCAAUCUAAACCCUAUACGUUCCACAAGACAUAUAAACCCACUCAUCUUCCUCAUUUCAUUUCACUCAAAACAUUUCCCUCACUUUUCUUUCAGAACAGUUACAGAACCUAAAGAGAACAAAGAAAACGCCAUGGCAGAAAGGGUUGAAGGAGAAGGAAGCAACAAUGGUGAACGAAACAACAGUAGCUACCAUCUGCAACCCUUAGAAAUUGACAACGAAGAUAUACUCUUCUGUGUCGACAUUGAUCCUCAAUCUAUGGUUGAGAUGAAAGGUGUCACUGGACUCAAUGGAAGACCGCUCACUCGUUUAGACGCCAUUAAACAAGCCAUCGUUCUCUUCGUCAAUGCCAAACUCACCAUCAAUCCUCAACACCGCUUCGCUUUCGCUACUCUCUCCAAUUCCGCUUCAUGGCUGAGGAAAGAAUUUAGCAGCGAAGUUGAGUCAACAAUUGCAGCAAUGCAAGAGCUUUCGGUUACUACAUCUAGCAGUCAACCGGACCUUACUACUUUGUUCCAACUUGCUGCUCAUGAAGCUGAAAAGUCCGGUACGCAGGGUCGCAUUUUAAGAGUGAUUCUAUUCUACUGCAGAUCAACAGGGCUCCCACAACAUCAGUGGCCUGUGAACCAGAGGCUCUUCACUUUGGAUAUCAUGUACCUUCAUGACAAACCUGGACCUGACAAUUGCCCCCAAGAGGUCUAUGAUACACUGGUAGACACUCUUGAACAUGUUACAGACUACGAGGGCUAUAUCUUUGAGAGUGGACAAGCGUCAGCAAGGGUUCUUUUUCGUCGUGUGUUGGUUCUAUUGUCGCAUCCUCAGCAGCGCUGUAUCCAAGAGUACAUCAACAUACCUAAAUCACUUGCAAAUAAGGCUCCUCUGGUGCAGCCAAUGGCUACUGAAGAUAAUUCUCGAGUAUCUACCCAGUGAGAAUGGCAUUGUCGUUUUAGUUCUCGUGGUAUCUGAUACUAGGCCCUGGUAAUUUUCUGUAAACAAUUUGUAUCUUUAACUUAUAUAUGAGAAAAUGUGUAUAUGUUUCAGGAGUUCA